UGUGCGAACCGGAUUAACGGGGAAACACUCGGACCAAGAUGGCGUCUUCCAUGAGUGGGAUGUUCUCCGGCCAGCAGCCGCCUGCUGCCCAUCCCGUCGGUGGUCCAGGUGGACCGGGCCAGCCGAGCUUCCCCAGUUCCGCGACGAGGGCCCAGGGAAACAACACGCUGGUGGAUGAGCUGGAGGCUUCCUUCGAGGCAUGUUUUGCAUCCUUGGUAAGCCAAGACUACGUUAAUGGAACUGACCAAGAGGAGAUUCGAACUGGUGUUGAUCAGUGCAUACAGAAGUUCCUGGAUGUGGCUCGACAGACAGAGUGCUUCUUCUUACAGAAAAGGCUCCAGUUAUCUGUGCAGAAACCAGAGCAGGUGGUGAAGGAGGACGUGUCAGAGUUGCGUAAUGAGCUUCAGAGAAAAGAAAUGCUGGUUCAGAAACACUUGUCUAAGCUGCACCACUGGCAACAAGUUCUUGAGGAUGUCAGCGUGCAGCACCGCAAGCCCUCAGACCUUCCUCCUCCUGGACCCCUGGCCUUUUUGGAGCAGGCCUCUGCGAGUCUGCCCCCUGCUCCUCCAAAACAAAACUAACACAUCAGCGGUAUAGCCACAUCGGUCUUCUGUUUGAUUAGAAUGCCCCACAGUGAGAAGCCACGCUCUGUGGAUGAUACAAUAUUUGCUGCGAAGAAGUGAAUGUGAUGUUACUUCACACUUGAGUAAGUCCUGUGUUAACCUAUAAGACAACUGAAGAGCAUCCUCUGCACAGCUGUGGGGAAAUCAUGACAUUUUAAGUUUCUUCUGGACUCCUUCCUGUAUUUUGGAAUUCUGUAAAUAUUUCAGUUUUUGACUUUUUUACUGUAAAAAUAAAAUGAAAUUUGUGAGUACUUUU